AUGAGAGAGUCUUACCCGCAGACUGCUCCCAACGAGAGACCGGCAUACUCCAACAUGGCCUUUAUCAUCCUCGGCUUGGCUCUUGAGGAGUAUACUGGGAAGACCUAUGCACAGUUACUCGAAGAUAUUGGUUCAGGUCCUCUCAAAAUGGAGAAUACUUUUUCUUCGCCCGGCGAUGAUUAUAGAGCGGUAAUUCCGCCUGGGGAUAGCAGCUGGGGCUCAGACUACAAAUUGAACACCCCUGCAGGGGGAUUAGUCUCUUCCCUCUCUGAUCUGUCCAAAUUCUCACAUGCCUUGCUCUCAAGAACGCUGAACAUGACUUCAACUGAGAUCAACGGCUGGCUCAAGCCCUGUGCCUUUGCAGGCAAUGCAUACACAUUGACUGGCAUGCCAUGGGAAAUACUACGUCUACCAAACCUCACACCAGAACAUCCUCAUACUGUUACUGUCUACGGUAAGAGUGGCGGUGCGCAGAACUACAGAAGUCAACUCAGCUUUAUUGAUGACUACGGAUUGGCGAUCAUCAUCUUGACAGCCGGUCCGAUGAAGGCAGCGCCUAUUCUUACUGAUGCCAUGCUUUCGACUUUUGUUGGCGCUGCGGAUGAAGCGUCGCGUGAGCAGGCAAAGAGAUAUGAGCAGAGGUACAUGAGCGAUCACGAGGAUGUUCUGAUUGAGGCAACACUGGAGCAGGACGAGGACUCGAUGAUCCUGACGUCACUACGUCGCAACGGUACUGACAUCAUGUCUAGUCUGAACGAUAUUUGGGGUCUUACACUAGGCGACUUUCUUCCUGAAAUUGGACCCAAGAUCCGAGUGUUUCCCAGUCAACUUGGAGAGAAUGCGACAUUGAAUGGAGAGCAUGUUACGAAAGAGGUAUGGCAUUUGUGGCCUGACCUCGCCUCCGGAUUUGAAACGAAUCUUCCUAGUAAUGAAAUUGAAGACAUGAAUUGUGUCGGGUGGACGAUUCAGGAUUGGGUUCAUUAUGGUGGUGAGCCUCUGGAUAGAGUGUUGCUGUAUGUUGGUGACAAUGGAGACGUGGGAGGGAUUGAGGUGCCGUUCUUACAAUCGGGAAUUCUGUAUCCAGCCAAACGAAACAGAGUCUAA